AUGGACCGACAAAUUGAAGAUGCUGUUCAGCAGCAGUAUUGCAAACUCCAGGAGCAACUUGACGAGCAGUUCGAGAUUCGCGACCGGGCCCUUAGGCAAGAAUUUGGCAGGGUGCACGAAAGGAUUGACGAUUUAAUCAAGGACAAUGAGGCCCGGGACAAGGGCAUUAAGAGAGAGUUUCGCAAUGUUUAUGAGAGAAUGGACUCUGGGUUCUCUCAAGUUGAUGAACGUUUCUCUCGAGUCGAUGAACGCUUUCGACACGUAGAUGAGACGAUGGCCACAAUGUCGCAGAAGCUUGACAAGAUUGACACAUUGGAAACAUCAUUUGCGACCUUCGAAGCAAUGUUUGGGAAUUUCAAGGUGGCCCACCUUAACCAAAGGAUACAGGCCAUCCCUGUAUUCGACUCCUCUCAUCAACCAGUUCCGGUUCCAAAGUGUUUCCCCAAAACGGCUCUUAGACUCUAUCGACUGCAAGAUCGGAAGAACUGGAAUCAAUUGAAGACCCUUCUCAAGCAUUACAACCUCGAGAAAGCGACCAUUCGGCUUGUCGACCGUGGAGAGCUUUACGACUCCUCCGACUCCGAUAGUGAUUCCGACACUUCCUCCCGUUUCCACUCUAUCGACGGGGAACUUGACCGGGCUAUCGAGUCUAAUCCAUUUGCCGCCAUGUGUUCGCUGGGCCGUCAUCUUGGCGUGGAUACAGACGCUCUCCAUGAUCGGAUCACGCAGCUCGAGUUUCAGCAGAAGAAAGGAACUGUGGCCAAACGCCCAGCGGAAGAUGUGGGAAGUGUUCGGAAGAUGAUACGAGAUUUGGUCACGGGGGCGCUGCAGCCUGGCUCGUUCACGAGAGCAGACCCGCUUGAUGAUGACUCUGAAGGAAACCAAACCAAACUAGAAUGGGAGGUCGACUCGGAGAAGUUCAGACGGGAAACGGCUCAUCUUCGCCUUCGUGAUACCGAGGCCUCGCCCCGUCCAGCCAGCGCCAAAGAAAGCCGGGGAAAUCGCCCACAGAAGGAUUUGGAGGUCCGCUCACGUCAAUCCAAGGGCAGUCUGUCACCCACCGAGAAGAUGACCGCAUCAAGCAAUCAAUCAGAGGGUCAUUAG